CGCACAGGAGCCACUGCAGUGAGCCUCUCCGAGCCGCUUGCCGUUUCCUCUUCUCUGAGAGACGUCUCUCUUGCCUCCACCUUCCUCCACCUUCCUCCUCCUCUUCUUUGGUGGCAAGCGUCCAGGUGCUCCUCCCAAGCCAGGCUGUGAACCUGGCAGCGGCCUCACCUGGGCUCUUCCAGCCUUGGGGGCCAUGGCCUCUCAUGCCAGUGCCCUCCACUUCCCUCCCCGGUGGGCCUCGGCCCCUCGCUCCCUGGACAAAGCCCUCCAAGGACUGGCCAAGCUCCAGCAGCUGCUGAGCCAGCCCCGCCUGGGCCUGCGGAACAGCCCGCCACACUUCCCACACCUGCUGCUCCAAGCCUCCCAGAGCCUCCAGCUGAUCCAGGAACGGCACGGCAAGGAAGGCUUGGCACGGCUCCUGGAGCAAGGCCAAGGCUUCCCCGUCUUCCUGGCCAACCUGCAGGAAAAGGUCAAGCAGACGGUCCGGCUCUUCAAGGUGGAGAAGGAGGACGUCUUCAAGGAGGGUUCACCAGCCAGGAGGUCUCUGACGAAGCUUUCCCUGAUCUUCAGCCAUAUGGUGGCCGAACUCCAGGCCCUUUUCCCGGAUGGACAAGACCAAGGAAAUAGCUACCAGCUCAAGAAACCAGAAGCCCAAGCCUUUUGGAGGGAGACCUGGGGAUCAAGGAGCCUGGUGUCCUGGGCCGAAUUCCGGGAGGGCCUCCACGCGGUUCACCCCAUUGAACCCGGCCCCAUGGCCAUGGCCUUGAAGUCCACCAUCGACCUCACCUGCAGCGGACACAUCUCUGUCUUCGAGUUCGACAUUUUCACCCGCCUCUUCCAGCAUUGCAAAUGGUUGAGAUAUUGA